AUGAAUUCUAUAUUAGCUGUAUUAGUUGUCAUUGCACAUCCUGAUGAUGAAACUAUUUUUGCUGGUUUUAUUCAUUCAUUAGUACAUAAAAUUAAAGCUAAUGUUGAUCUUGUUUGUAUAACUAAUGGUGAAGGUGGUUUUAGAUAUUCUGCACCAUCUGAAUACUUAUAUGAUAAUCUACAGUUAUCAAAUGAAAAUAUUGGUAGACAACAUUUACCACGUAUACGUAAACAAGAAUUAUUAGCUAGUGGAAAAAUAUUAGGAAUUCGAAAAUUUUUUUUCUUUGAUCAAUCAGAUUUAAAAUAUGAUCGAAAUGUUGAUAUUGUUUUUGCUGAACUAUGGAAUAAAGAAAUAAUCAUUCAAUUACUUGAACAAGUAAUAAAAACUGGUAAUAGUACUCAUGGUUAUGAUAUAAUGCUUAUUAUGCUACCAAGUAUAGAAUCACAUGGUCAUCAUACAGCAUCUGGUCUAUUGGCACUUGAGACAAUAGAACGUUUACAACGAAAUAAAUCAACAACUAUAAAAAUUCCUACAGUAAUUGGUGGUUCAGAAUUUAUAUUAAAUCAAUUACCAACAUAUCCAUCAAAUCGAUUAGCAGAAAUAUCUUCGAUUCUACCAAAUGAAUUUCGAUUUAAUCGUACAUGGAAAUUAAGUAAUACAACUGAUAUUCCUGAUUACCAAACAAUUGUUAUUUGGACAUGUAGUGAACAUAAAUCUCAAGGUGGUUUAAUAGUUGAAACAUUAACAACAUAUGCACGAGAAUAUGAACAAUAUUUUUAUUUUUCUAUUAACAACGAACUAGAUAAUCAAACACGUAUUCAACUAAUUCAACUUAUAUUUAAUCAACUAGCUGACAUUCACCAAUACAAUACCGGAAAUGUUCUUCAGCGACAAUAA